AUGCAUGUGGGUUAUAUUUUGUGCAGCUAUGGGGUGCAAGCAACAGGGCAAGUGAAAUGGAGACACUUCCUUGGCCAUUUCAUGAGCCCAGUCAAAGAGGAUGGCAACAUGACUGCUCACACUGACAGUGCUUCUGAGCAGCCUGAUCCAGACCUGCAGGACUUUUACCCUUAUCUGAGGGAGAUCUUCCACCUCCUGGACAAGAAAGCAGCAGGUUGGAUCACCAGGGCAGACCUGCGGCUUGCGCUGAAGGUGCCCCACUUCCACCUGACCAGGCCCAAGACAGGCCAGCACCCACGGCCCCGUCUCAGCUGCUUCCAGAUCACUGACCUGCUCAACACGCUGGACCCGGAGCACAUGGGAUUCAUCCAGCUACCCACCCUGGAAAGACUCAAUCCCAGCCGUUUGUCCCCUCCAAAGGACAGGGUGGCACUGCUGCACUCCGCGACUGCCACUGCUGAGCCUCUGGACGACACAGAAAAGACUGCGGAGGAGCAAAAAGCAUCAGAUGAGAAGCAGAACACACAGAGGGCUGAUAACACGUCUCCGGCAUCUGCUUCAUGGAGAAUAGUGGAGAGCUUGCUGCUAGACAGACUGUGCGAGCAGCUCGGAUCGGUGCUGGCGGCUCUGAAGCUGUGUGACCCUCAGCAGACUGGACAUGUCAAACGGGAAGAUCUGAGGACGGUCAUAGUCCGCUACGGCCUGCCCAUCUCACUCACACACUUCAAGAGACAAAACACAUCACCUCAGACUACAGAGGUCUCAGCUGGGGAACAUCAGCCUCCCUCUAGCGCCCAGAGCGUCCUGGACGAUAUUUUCAAGAGAAUGAAAGAGAGGUUAGAGCAACUGCGAACCACCCUUGCUGCCCGUAUGCAGGUUAUCACCCACAACUCAGCAAAGACUUAUUCAGGCACAGAUCUACGGAAGAUGCUAGAGGAUUGCUUCAUCACCUUGGACGAUAACAAUUUCCACAGGCUGACUGAACUGCUUGGUUUCAAAGACGGGCGGUUCAGCCUUUCAGCAUUGCAGGCUAAAUAUGAUGAUUUCUUGGCCAGAGACAGUCAGCAGGGUGUGGAGGGUUGCGACGAGAUUUCGGCUGCAGAAAAAAACCUGGCUGACAUGAAGAACAGGAUCAAGAUCAUCCUUGGGGACAACAUGAAAGCUUUCCGACUGAUGGACAAGAAUCACGAUGGUUUGGUUGACUGCCGUGACUUCAAAAAGCUGUACUUCAGCUUGGGAUAUGCUUACUGGGGAGAGGAGUACCAGCAUCUGCUGAAUCUGAUAGGCCUGAAACCUGGACGAAACCUCAACUACACUGAGUUCUGCAACAUUAUGGAAAAUAAUGGCCAUCACAACAAGCGGAAAACAGCCAAUGUACAAGACCAGCUCCAUGCACUACUAGUCUCUGAUGCACGGGACAAGUGGAGAACCAUGUCUCAGGAACUGUGUCGGGUUGAUGCAGAGGGUCGGAGCCUGAUUUUUAAAAAGGCUUUGAAGUAUUUUCUCUUCACCUACAAAUUACCCAUCAGAUCUGAUGACUUUGAACGGCUAUGGUCGAGGUAUGACACAGAGGGGCGUGGCUUCGUGACAGUUGCUGACUUCCUGAAUAAGCUGGGAGUUGAUGAGGAGGAACUGUGGCCUCACAAACAGAAGCCGACCCACACUGUAACCCCACACCAAGCUGACAAACUGGCCUCCUCUGAUGAUGCUGCUUCACUGGAACAAAUAGAACAGAUAUUGUUGGAUAACCACAAGGGCGUGUUCGAAGCGCUGACUCGCCUGGACGAGACCAGAAAUGGAAAAGUAAAAGUGGAGGAGCUGCUGAGCCUGCUCCAAACUUACGGCUGCUCAGUCCAGCGAGACCAGCUCAUACGUCACCUCCGCACGCUGAAUGUUUCUGUGGAUGGCAAGCACAGGCUGCUAAGCUACUUGCACUUCCUGUCUGCGUUUGGCCAUACGGCAGAGAGGUGUGAGCCCCCUCCUGCUACCCCAGACGGCGUCCGCCGCAUAGAGAACUUGCAGGACCUCAGACCAGCCUUAGCCCUGGUCAGGAUGCAGGAACUAGUCACUGCGUCAGCACCUAAUCUGCACAAGGCGUUCUCAUCCUUUGACCCGUGUGGGACGGGGACAGUCAAGCUUCUGCAUUUUCGUCAAGUGCUGGAGAAUUUUUGUGCCCGCCUGUCGGACAAACAGUUCAGAUACUUACUGAACAAAGUGGACUUGAACUCGGAGAACUAUAACAUUAACUGGAAAGUCUUCCUCGACACGUUCAACUCACCAAGCCCGCUGAUAUUUGAGGACAGGGCCAUCACAGCCAGAUCUGCUUUUGAGAUCAAAACCUAUCUGCAUAAGAUCCAGGAAGUCGUCUCAGGUCGCUUGUAUGAAAUCACCAAAGAUAUAAUGGAUUUGGACCGCAACCAGAAUGGCACAGUCUCUAAAGAUGACUUCAGAAAGCUUUGUGACCGCUGCUUUAUGAGGCUUACAAGCAAUCAGUUUGAGUGUGUGUGGAAUCAGAUGCCUGUGAAUGAGCAGGGGAAGCUGCAGUACAGAGAAUUUCUCAAACGUUUUGGUGCAGAGAACAAGACCACCCACACACAACCGGGGCGUCCCACCGACAGCAUCCUGUCCUGCUCGCCUGAGCCCAGAGAAAUAGUCUCAACAACAAAAUCCUGUCGCCCAAAGACUGCAGAUGCCAUUCUCCAAGACUGUAAGUCUGCCCCCCAGUGUAUCUCCAGGCCUGCCUCCACGCCGGGAAGGCAGGGAACAGGAAGCCCCUCAGGCAGCGUGGAGCAGAGGCUGCGGGGGGACGUGCAGCGCUGCUGGAAGAAGAUCCAGAGGAAGUGCAAUGAGAGGGAUCCUCACCGCCAAGGGGAGAUCACCACUGCCUCCUUCCUGGACAUCCUCCAGUCUCUCAAUAUCAGUGUGACUCAGGAGGAAUUCGAGCAUCUGGCUAUGAAGUUUGACAUCACACGUAACGGCCAAGUUUCAUAUCCCAUGUUCCUCCGUCACUUCCUCCUGAACCUCAAACCAGCAGAGGGGACACAGAUGUUUGAGCGACGUAGACUCCCCCUUCCCGCCACAUUGGCGAACCAGGGCGUGCUGAGCAGAGAGUGCGUGGAAUCCAUGCUGAGGAUAUACGAGGCGGUCAAGUUGUCCUGGAGCUCGAUGAGACGCAGCUUCCGGACCUUUGACCGCGCCCGCACAGGAUACAUCACCAUACAGGACUUCAUGAAGGUGCUGUGCCAUUUCAAUGUGAAUCUGUCGUCGGAGGAGUUCUUCCACCUCAGCUCUUAUUUUGAUGCCAGCGCCACAGGGAAGAUCUCCUACAACGACUUCCUCCGGGUUUUCCUGAGCUAACCUCCAUUCAAUCACUUGACGACACACACAUACACACACACACACACACACACGCAGCAGCGGCAGGACUUUGUAAUUCCAAAUUUGAUCUAUAGACGAUAUGACAAAUAGAUCAAUCAAAGGAAUGAAAUUAAAAAACAUGCAAAAAAAAAAAGAUUACCGGAGAGAGACUGAUAUAUGAUUUUGUGAUUUUGCUUCUUUUAUU